AGGACGUGGGUGGGAGCACAGCCCCGCUCCUCCGAGGUCCACCUCCUUCGCAGGUGUGCGCCGCCGACCUCCCGGAUUUCUGCUCCUCCGGCCCAGGUGUCGGGACUCGUAAUCGCCCGAGAGCCUCGAGGGCGGACGGGGAAGGAAGGCUUUAUACUUUGCUGGUAGAGGGCUGGGUUGGGUUUCUGAGUUCAGACAGGUUCCGAGGCGCUUUCUGGUUGCGCGGGGUUUGGUGUGACACCACUUCAGACUUGUUGCAACUCGUCCCCAGACGCGCCCUCAUUCGGCUCUGCACCCAAGCCCGGGGAGGCGCGGUCCGAGCCGGAGUCAGCUUCCCUCCGCCGACCUGACGCUCGGCAGGUAACUCCCCUCCCCUCCCUCGGCCGCGCGGCUUCCUGGGCGGCAAACGUUCGGUGGCGGCCGGGGCGGCGCGCGGCUCGGGGGCGAUCCUGGCCGGUGUGGGGGUGCAAGAGUGCCUGGCUCCGGGGUCCCAAACAGACCAGCUUCAGCCAGUCACUGCUGACAAAACCCAAAGGCAGAGAGACAAGUGGUGGGGAAACAAGAAAGGAGUUUAUUUCGGUGAGGCCACCACCAGGAAGACACUGGACUAGCACCUCAAAGACUGUCUCCAAAGUGCUAAAGAUACUUCCAGAUACCUCUCAUCACUGCACGAAUGGACAUUUGAAAGUGCUGUUGUCAGAUGCUUGCAAUCAUGGAAACCUCAUCAAUGUUGUCCUCACUGAAUGAUGAGUGUAAGUCAGACAAUUACAUUGAGCCUCACUACAAGGAAUGGUAUCGAGUAGCCAUUGAUGUACUAAUUGAACAUGGGUUAGAAGCAUACCAAGAAUUUCUUGCCAAGGAACGAGUAUCAGACUUUCUAGCUGAGGAAGAAAUUAAUUAUAUUCUGAAAAACGUCCAGAAAGUUGCACAAAGUACAGCACAUGGCACUGAUAACUCCUACGAUGAUACCUCAUCUUCAGGGACUUACUGGCCCAUUGAAUCGGAUGUGGAAGCUCCAAAUCUUGACUUAGGCUGGCCGUAUGUGAUGCCGGGACUCUUAGGGGGCACCCAUAUAGACCUCCUCUUUCAUCCACCAAGAGCACAAUUACUUACAAUUAAGGAAACUAUUCGGAAGAUGAUCAAAGAAGCAAGAAAGGUCAUUGCUUUAGUGAUGGAUAUAUUUACAGAUGUGGACAUUUUCAAAGAAAUAGUGGAGGCAUCAACUCGAGGGAUAUCUGUAUACAUUCUGCUGGAUGAGUCCAACUUUAAUCAUUUCCUAAAUAUGACUGAAAAACAGGGCUGUCAAGUUCAACGACUCAGGAAUAUUCGAGUGCGGACAGUAAGAGGCCAAGAUUAUCUUUCCAAAACAGGAGCAAAAUUUCAUGGAAAAUUGGAACAGAAAUUUUUGUUAAUUGACUGCCAGAAAGUUAUGUAUGGUUCCUACAGCUACAUGUGGUCAUUUGAAAAAGCUCACCUCAGCAUGGUUCAGAUAAUCACAGGACAACUUGUUGAGUCCUUUGAUGAAGAAUUUAGAACUCUCUAUGCCCGAUCCUGUAUCCCCAGUUCAUUCGCUCAGGAAGAAUCAGCAAGGGUGAAGCCUGGCAAAGCACUCUGGGAGAGUGGCACCUACCAGCGGUCACUUUCUUCAUUAGCUUCCGUUUCCAGCCAAAGAAACCUUUUUGGCAGACAAGACAAAAUUCAUAAACUAGAAUCUGGUUACUUCAAAAACAGAGGGAUAUAUACUCUAAAUGAACAUGACAAAUACAGCAUAAGAAAUCAUGGAUACAAGCCUCAUUUUAUUCCAAACUUUAAUGGUCCAAAUACAGUCCGUCAGUAUCAAUCCAGUCAGAUAAAUGAAAAUUGGAAGAGGCAUAGUUAUGCUGGGGAACAGCCAGAAACAGCACCAUACCUGCUGCUUAACAGGGCUCUAAAUCGAAACAUUAAUCCUCCAGGUAAUUGGAAAAAGCCUUCAGAUAGUCUCAGUGUGGCAUCCUCAUUGCGAGGAGGCUAUGUGAGCCACCGAAACACACCUGCCCAGAGUUUUGCUGAUCGGCUUGCCCAGAGAAAAACAACAAAUCUUGCAGAGAGGAACUCAAAUGUGCGGAGGUCUUUUAACGGAACAGAUAAUCAUAUUCGCUUUUUGCAACAAAGAAUGCCAACCCUUGAACAUACCACAAAGUCAUUCUUGCGUAACUGGAGAAUUGAAUCCUACUUAAAUGAUCAUUCAGAAGCUGCACCUGACUCAAAUGGGUCGGCUCUAGGUGACCGGUUUGAGGGCUACGAUAGUUCUGAAAAUUUGAAAGCCAAUGCCCAUUAUACUCAUUCUCGGCUUCGUUCCUCUUUUGUGUUUAAACCAACUUUACCUGAACAACAGGAAGUUAACAGUUGUACGACUGGCUCCUCAAAUUCAACUGUCAUUGGUUCCCAGGGAAGUGACACACCUAAGGAGGUCCCAGACACCCCUACAAGUGGACAGAACGUGACAGAAAAACCUGUGCCAGAAUCAAGCCCCAAGCUCCCGUUGCAGUCAGAGGCACCAAAAAUGCACACCUUGCAGGUUUCUGAAAACCACUCCACAGUCUUAAAUCAAACCACAAAUGGCCAUACAGAGGCAAACAACUAUUUAUAUACAUCCUUGUGUGUAAAUAAGCAGACAGAAAAUCUAAAGAAUCAACAAAAUGAGAAUCUGCUCAAAAGGCGAAGUUUCCCAUUCUUUGACCACUCAAAAGCCAACCUAGAUCAUGGACAUAGUAAGCAUUAUGUAUAUAGUACGCUUACCAGGAAUCGAGUUAGACAACCAGAAAAACCCAAAGAGGACUUGCUGAAAAAUUCUAAAAGCAUGCACAACGUGACCCAGAGCAUAGAAGAGGACAGGGAGGUCAUAAAGAGACAGCCUCCAAGUGGCACCACGACCAAGUCAAUUUCCGUUGCUGCUUUGCUUGAUAUGAAUAAAGAUGAACCUGGCAAAGAACUCACUGCAAAGAAGGAAGUUAAAGGCUCUCCGAGUUUUUUGAAAAAGGGAUCUCAGAAGUUAAGGUCAUUACUUAGCCUGACCCCAGAGAAGAAAGAAAAUCUAUCCAAAAAUAAAGCACCUGCCUUUUAUAGAAUGUGUAGUAGUUCUGACACUUUAGUUUCUGAGGCUGAAGAGAAUCAAAAACCAAAAAAAUCAGAACCAAAAAUUGAUUCAUCUCCUAGAAGAAAGCGUUCUUCGUCAUCAAACUCUCAAGGCAGUAUUCACAAGAGUAAGGAAGAUGUAACUGUUAGCUCAUCUCAGGGGAUAAAUUCUCCAUCUGAUGAAAGUAGCAAAAUAAUACCUGCUCCGGGUCCAGUUGAAAACAAGUUCUUGGAAAGAGCAGGAGAUGCUUCUGCCCCGAGAUUUAACACUGAACAGAUCCAAUACAGAGAUUCGAAGGAGAUUAAUACAGUUCUUGCUCCUGAAAGAAAACCAGCUUCUUCUCCACGGCCAAAGCCCAAUGAGCUGCUAAGAUCUCAUUCAACUGACAGGCGCAUUUACAGUCGUUUUGAGCCAUUUUAUAAGAUUGAAAGCUCUAUUCAGCCAGCAAGCAACAUACCAAAUACUGGUGUGCACCGCCCAGAAAUAAAAUCCACAACUGUGGGCAAUAGUUACGGCAGGUCCAGCCCGAUGCUUAAUUACAACACUGGUGUUUAUCACUCAUACCAGCCAAAUGAAAACAAGUUCCGAGGAUUUAUGCAGAAGUUUGGAAACUUUAUACACAAAAAUAAAUGAACUACUGUAAUUUCAAAUAGUUUUUAAAAUACAAAUGACUAGCUAUAAGCAUUUGUCCAAAGAACUUUGUGGACACUUUUUGUAACAUGCCAAUAGAUUCUGUAGGGAGAGAGUUUGAGGUAUGAUGUAUAUGUUUACCAGUGUACUAAUAUACAGUAAAGUUGUUCUGUGUGAUAAAGUUAGUUGUGCUUAAUUACAGUGUAGAUGGAAUGUCUCUAUACACACGAUUUUUAAAUGGUAAUGGUAAAUAGAAUGUAGAUUGUCUCCUUCAGACUGAAGAUCUUCUUAAGUCUCAAAUAGAAACUUUAGUGGAGAGAUGGUGUAUGGAUUUCAAGCAUUCAUUCCAAAGUCUUUCCUUUUAAAAAAGGAUCCUAAUACUAUCAGUGGCCCUUUUUAAUAUAUCUUUAUAGGUUUUCAUAUCUCCAAAUUAUGAGAAAAAUAGUACAAAGCCUUUUUGGGUUUUAAUUACCUUUAAACUCUACAGGACAACUUGUUAUAUUUUAUUAAUUUUCCUGUGGAGCAUAUACAACUGGUUGGGCAGCAACAGUACAACUUAAACUAUGUAGCUCAGCACAUCUUUCAUUUUGACUGAGGUGUUUGCAAAGUAUCAGCCUCAUGUGGUACAUGCUAGGAAUUUCUUUUCCUCAUUUUGUGAAAAUCUUUCCACUCUGGACCAGAGGACCCCAUGCUGCCCUCACCAGUCAGCUGCUGAACUUAUGUAGUCAUUCCUCCCUUGAAACUUAGAGCAACCAGCAGAUAUUUGGGAAACCUGAAUUAUACUUCUCCUCUAAGAUAAAAAAGCUUUUAGAAAUGUAAACUUCUGCACAAAUUUUUAUCUUAGAGUAGUCCAACAAUGCUUAGGUGUUUUGCUUGCAAAAGUCCUUGCUCUUUUUUAUGCUGUGCCAAAUGCAGUGUGAGUGCAUAGUGUUUUCAUGAAAGUACCAUGAUGGACAUGAGAAGUGGUAUCUGGCCUCAUUCUUUCAUGACCAGAGAGCCUAGUUGAAAGUUUUAAAUCUUUCCUAUCUUAACUGGAUCAUCCUCAAGUAUUUAGAUCAUAAGAUAUUCUUUGCCUUUCUUGAAGUAAUGAAAUUAAAGCCCCACAUCCACUAAAGAGACUUUAACUUGGCUGCACUUCAUCCACAAAGGACAGAAUUCAAGAAACAACACACCAUUUGAGAAGUGUGAGGUAUUUCUGUAACUCUUUAAAUAUAUUAACACCUUCUAAGUUGUAAUAUGGGGCAGUAUGUUUUAAAAAUUCAAAGAUUCAGUCAAAUAAUAUCUAUUAAGUUAAAAUGAGAGCAUUAAAAUAUCAGUCAUUAAGAUAAUUUUCCAUAGUGUUUAAAAAACACGAUGAGAACAUGAAAAGAGAAAACAUGACAGUAGGGAAAAGAAAAUCUAACAUUUAGUGAGCCCUUGUAUGGACCAGGUCUUGAGCUAGAACCUAAAGUUCCCACAAUAAUUAUUUUGUGGGUACCCUUGUCCUCAUUAUUUGUAGAUGAGGUUUGAGGUGAUAAAUGAGACUUUGAGACUCAGAGAGGUAAUGCUCCAAGUCACAUAACUAUAAGUAAUUGUACCAACGUGUCUGUAACAUUCUGUCACAUCCCAUUAACUCCCAAAUUUGUUCAAUAUCUGCCUCGCCCAAACUGUUGAGAAUUAAAUGAGAGAAUAUUUAGAUUUUAUGACUCAAUGGUAAUCAGCCAAGAAAGCUUUAGUUGAAUUCCACCAGACAACAAGGACACGCAUGGCUCAAAAUAAUCAUAGUAGGUGAGGUAGGGAAUGAAAUUGAUGUUACUUUCUGAUUGUAACUUACCAGGACAGUUUUAAUUGCUAGGCCACCAUUUUGAUCUUGUGCUGGUUGCCCUGUGACAAUGAAAAGGGAAAGGAAACAACAAGUUUAACUUGUGUCUGUGCUAGGCAAAGCAGUCCCUUAGGUUAGGAAGCUAGGCAGGGGAUGGAACUCAAUGUUAAACAUAUUACCUUGUUAAGUAUUCACAAUAACGCUGUAAAGUAAAUAGUUCCUUUUUGCAAAUGAGAAAACUAACCCUUCGAGAAGUUACAUAACUUUCCAAGAGUCACAUGCCUCUGCAUAGGUAGAACUGGGUUUGAACGCAGAAUCGGGUUUGAACGCAAAAGCCUGUACUUUUAUUUUUAUUUUUUUAAACUAUUUUUUUUAAGAUUUUAUUUGAGAGAGAGAGAAUGAGAGAGAAAGCACAUGAAGGGGGGAGGGUCAGAGGGAGAAGCAGACUCCCUGCUGAGCAGGGAGCCCGAUGCGGGACUCGAUCCAGGGACUCCAGGAUCAUGACCUGAGCCGAAGGCAGUCGCUUAACCAACUAAGCCACCCAGGCGCCCAAAAAGCCUGUACCUUUAAUACUACACCACACCAUACCUUGCUGGCUUCUACUCCAUUAUGAUGGAGGCAACUUUUCUGAAUGUUGUCUCUCUCUUUUGCUCUGUCUCUACCAGGAUAUACCAGAAAUAUUGCAGUAACCUAAGCCGUUUAUGGCAUUUUAUAAACACAAAUCCAGAAUAUGGACCCAGUUUAACAUUAUUCAUAAAAGCAGGUUUUACGACUCCCAUUAUAACGGAAUUACUGCAACAUGGGAUUUUACUGUUUUGGAAAGCUGCAUGUAAUCGAUUGGAAAUUUUGCAGACUUUCUAAUGAGGUAAUAGCAUACAAAUAAAACUUUGAGAGAGAACAGUUAUUCUUCACAGGAAAAGUAGCCACUUGAUCUACAAAAGUUUUGUGUUUAAAGAAAAAUAACUGUUGGAAUGGGCAUUGGCUUAUAAUCUGAUAAGGAAAUUGUAUAAUCUUUAUAUAUUAGUAUCAGAUUAUUAAAAAGCAUUAGAAUUGGAGUCCAGUGAAUGCAAGAGAUUUUUCAUUUUGCUCUUAGAAACAUUCGCUUUUGUAAUUCCGGACCAUUGUCCUUUACCCACUUACCAAAGACAGAACCCACAUUACCCAAACCAGAUUGACUUUAAUAUUACCCAUUCUUUGUUAGAUGGCCUAAGAGGAAAAUGGGCUAAUUGUCUUUAGGCAGCUCUGAAAUUGGAAGUCCUAAAAUGUAGAGCAAGAUAACUUUGAAGGUGAAAUUACAUAAACUAGUUUUAAUCAUUUUUAAUUACAAGCAAAAGCUUGUUGCCUUUUUGUGCAGCAACAGCCACCACUUCUGGAAACAGGUCACUUUUAUUUAUUUUUUUAUUAUCUUUUUAAAUUUUAUUUUAUUAUGUUAGUCACCUACAAUACAUCAUUAGUUUUUGAUGUGGUGAUCCACGAUUCAUUAUUUUCAUGUAACACCCAGUGCUCCGUGCUUUUAAAUAAUAGCUCCUGAAUCCCUCCUCUCCUCAUGGCACUGAGAAGGCAGGAGGCUUUGUCUCAUCGGCCUGUGACUGGUAGCUUCAGCUUUUGCACAGAUUUAUUCUCCUCUGCCAUUUGUCUUUAUUUUCCUUUAUUUAUUUUUCCCUCCAGAAACAUCUGUAUGUCAGAAUCUAGGUGUAGUAACUUUCCAACGUUUCUGUGGCUGAGAAAUUCCUCAGGGGUAAAGGCUGAGCAAGCACAUAAUACUUCAAAUAAUUUGUUCAGAGUUUAAGUUCUCAACAGACACUUCUAAACUUCAUGGAUGUAAUCCUUUCAAGCAAAAUACUUCCUUUUUCUCCCCACAUUAAUAUUGGUGGAAAGAUAAUGGCACUUAGAUGUACUUUUCAUAGUAAAGAUGGGUAAGGUGGUUUUACUCUCUACAUAAUACAUUUAGUGUGUAAGCAGAAACUCAAGAAAAUAGGUAUGAAUUCAAAGAAGUUCUUGGCAGAUAUCUUCAGAAUAGUUUAAGUGCCUGCAUCCUGAACACGCUGGUGUCUCUCUUAUAAUGAUUGGGAUUAGCCAUAACUCUAAUGUGGCGUAUUGAGUAAUGGGUAUAUGUUGGCAGUCUACUUUUAUGGAAGCAAAUAUCUUGUUUAAUCAAGAUGACAUCUAGAGUAAUCCAGAUAAGCAAGGAAGAAGUUGAACUCUGGCUACAUUCAACUUUAACUUUACUCAAGAUUAUCCAGUUAUUCACCUAUUAUUCCAAAGAUAUUUGUCAUGAAAGACAAAUAUGAUGUAAUAUGACUAUGGCUGAGGAAUAUAAAGUAGAAUCAUUGUUUCACAUUAACCAUGUGUGAUACUGUUUAAAAAAAUGUUUAUUUUAAUACUUAGUUUGGUUCUAGAAUAUUUAAAAUGAAAAGGAUGAAAUUAUAAACCAAAGAGUCCAUUUUUAUAUACAUAAAUAUUAUCAAAGAAAUAUUCUUCCUAAGUAGCUUGGUUUUAGA